AUGUCUCACCUCAACAAGAUCGCCCCCAACUCGCCUUCGCGCCAGAACCCCUCGGAGAUCGAGACCAGCAUUGCCAAUGCUCUCUACGAGCUCGAGAACAACAUCCAGGACAUGCGCGCCUCCCUGCGCCCCCCUGCAGUUCGUCUCUGCCCGCGAGGUAAGAAGCAGCAUUACAUGAAUACAGCUGCCAUCGCUUCGACGAACGACAAUGCCGGGUCAUCGAAGGUUGUGAAAAAAAAAUAG